CAAUUAAUACAUUUUAAUUAAUAGAUUUUAACGUAGAUAAGUGAAAACCCCGAUAUUUAAGAGAUUUUAGUGCUGCUAUAAAAUUGUGGUAAUUAAUUUGAAAAAUUAAUCAUACGAAGGUUUGAAAAGUCGAGAAAUUCAGCGACUUGAAAUAUCACCAUGACCCAACACAAUUCAUGCCAAAAUGGAAACGAAUCCGAUCGCAUGAUCGAAGAUGACGACGAUUACGAUGAUUCGAACGAUCAAUUUAAUCAUCCUCAUCAAAGGAACGCUGCAAAUGCCAGAGAGAGAGCUCGAAUGAGAGUUCUGAGUAAAGCUUUCUGUCGCUUAAAAACAACUUUACCUUGGGUGCCACCUGACACAAAACUUUCCAAAUUAGAUACGUUGCGAUUGGCUACCAGCUACAUUGCUCACUUGAGGGCUGUUUUAAAAUUAUCAGAAAAUGAAACCAAUCACCCCGAUAUUCAUCCAAUGAACAUGAAUUGGCCUUUUAAUUUUAAUGUCAACUGGGAUUCGAAUGUCAGACCAAAUGAACAAUGUACCACAAAAGCGGAUUGGAGUAACCAGAAAAUUUAUCCAAAUUCCAAUUACGAUAAUUCGUAUGAAAUACAAAACAAUCGAAAACAUGCAAUUAAUAGGCAUUUGAAGAUGAGACCAAAGAAUACAGUUUUUCAAUAUCAAAUGGAAAAUAAUCAUGCUUUAUAUCCUAAAUGUGACCAACCUGAUUAUAAAAUGUAUAAUUAUUACGGUUAAUGAGAAUUAAUUCAACAUGUUGCCGUUACCUGCAUACUUAUUUGUGAGGUAACUAUUUAGUCAUGAGUUUUUUUGUGUUUCAAAUAUUUCUUAUUUUAAGAAUCGCUUUGCAUUGAACUGAUAAAUUUAAUUUAAGACAUUUUUCAUGACCUUUUUUUUUUGUAAAGUUUGUGUCUUUUAAUUUAAUUAAAUAAUAAAAUCAUUAAU